GAACAGUCGGACACGGCAAAGCCGAAACAGAAACAGAAACCGAAAACGAACCGAAGCGAGCCGAACACACUCAGUUGGUAAAAGAUUUUCAUAAAUUCGCGCCCUAAAGACAUUCAAAAACAGCUACAAACGCGACACGUUAGUGCAAUCAAGUUUGGUGCGGAGAUCGGAAUUGUUGUUAUCGGGCGACAAACUUACGUUGUGGAACUUUUUUCCCUCUGGAUUUCAACACAGUGCAGUGUCAGUGAAAAGGGUCAGAAGCGUGAAUGAGCCACACAAUUUAAGCUUAAAUCGAAAUCAUAACAAAAAGAAUAAUAAAUAAAUCUCUGGAAAAAAAGUGCUGAAUUCGAGUGUUUGUAGGCCGAUAAUUGGGACGCUGAACUCAAAUUAAUUACUCGGCAAUAAUUUUCUGAAAAAUCACAAGAAUAAUAAACAAGCGAUCGAACAUAACUAACAAAAGACGCAAACCAAAGCGAAGACGUGUGACAUAGUUUUAAAAAAAGAAGAAAAAAGAAGAAAAAACAGUUCGGACGAAUUGAGAAUAUUUCGAAGCGAUUAUCAUACAACUUUCGAGUGUCAAACAGUUAAGAACGCUACCAAAAUGGUGUCGAGUCGAGCCCUAAAUAAACUCCUGAUGUCUGCAGCAUUAUUGAUCGCUGGCUGCUCCCUGGUGUUUUCCUAUCCAUCGGGCACCGAGGACAACGAGGGCAUGUUGAACGAUGAUGAUUACUAUGAUGAACCAUCGAAUGUUCCCAGUCCACAGACGAAACCCGCCAAGGAUAUUGCACCACAGCAAAACAUUAGUGUGACUGUCACCGGCAUUCUGGGCGAGGAUGUUGUGCUAAAGUGCGAUACUAAGAUCGGAAAAGAUACCGUCAUCAACUGGUACAGAGGAGAGAAAAUUAUUUCGACUGGAACCAAUCUGGUGCAGCCCAACUUCAGCCUGAACCCAAGCAAUUUCGAUCUGACCAUUCUGAACUCAAGUCCCCAAAGUGCCGGUGAUUAUUACUGCACACGUUAUCCCAGUGGAUCGCACACAUUCAUCAAGCUCGUCCUGAACGAACACUCGCUGGACAUAAUUACGCCGGAGAGCUCGAAGUCAUCUCAGAGCAGCAUACAUGGACUUGCAGCGACGCUAAUGUGGUCUUUGUCUGCGGUAUUCGUGGCAGCUCUGCAGCAGUAUAAACAUUAGAUUUAUUGGUAGCUUAGUAUUACGCAGCGAUUUUUAAAAUGUCCCCUGGAUGUGCUUAGAUAUAUAUAUUAUACUGAAAUUGCAUUUCUCUCUCCCGAUACUGUCUCCAAAAGCUAAAUAAGCUGCUUAAGUCUUGUUAAUCGUGAAUUUCCCCUUUUGUAAAGACAAACGAUUUUAUUUAUUAAAAAAAAACCAAAGUAUAAA